AGAAGAAAUUUUUCCGUUCACAGGUUUCACAGGCAGUGACAUAUGGAAAUAAGAAUUAUUGUGUGCGUUCUUUUUAUUAAUGAAAUGCAUUUAUUUAUGAUAUUCUAUGAGUUUUGAUGCAGUUUUGCCAUUCAAUUAUACAUAGAACAGAACUGGUUUGAUAAAUAGUGAAGAAAAGCAUGUGAAAUAUUUCGCAAUCAAUCUGCGUCGUAGGAUUUUUAUUGAGUGAUUCCAACAUAAAGAUACAGAUAUGCCAUCACUGCGCCAGCGAGUUACCACCUAUUUUCGCCAAUUGAGCUUCAUCGCAGAACCACGAGAUGAAUCAAGAUUGUCAGCAAGUCUAAGUCCUCGCCAAAGUGCUAAUGAAACCUUCAUCACCAAAUUUCUCAACGGGCGUUUGGACUCAGCCCGGCCUGCUCCAGAAAUAUAUAGCGACAAAGAACCUUCGAACUUGCCAGACUUUCCAGUCGGUGUGUAUGAAACUGGGCCACAAGCGAUAACGGCUGCAUGUACAGGUCCAGACGACGGGUUAACAUGUGUGAAAAGAUCACGUCUUCACUUGAGUGCUGGGCCAGAUAUUGAUUUCAUCGACACAAAUCAAGAACAAGACAUUGAUGUAUAUAAGAGUCCUUCCAUGAAUACUCUGAAGAGUAAACACAGUGUAAAAUUACCCAUACAGCGAGGCGAUCAGAAUGCCAACAAAGCCAAAGUUGCAGGUGAGAAAAAGAAACCUAGUUCACGAAAAAACUCGACCCAUCAACCACUGGAAAGCGCCAUAGUUGGUGAUAAAAGUACUUGUAAUGUUUUGGUGAGUCUUGUGAGUCGAUCACCAGCGAAAAAGAUACAGCAAAAGACAGACAUUAAAUAUAAAGAUAGCCUCAAUCAGAAUCCAUCUACCCGUCAAAUAGAUGGUAAUGGUGAGUUGCCUGAUACAUCUGACGCAAUCGGCAGCAUCGAUGAGGAGCAUAAACAGAAUGUAGAAGAAAGUGAGCCGAUAGCUGGUGUUGUGAAUUGGAAAGCAGAAAGUGAUUAUGCAUAUGGACUGUCGGUGUCCCUAUAUGAGAAAAACCCAAUUUCAUCAGAAGUAUCUGGUAGUCCGAUUGCAGACUGCUUUGGAGUUAUUGCAAGAGGUUCUAGUGCAGCACUAGCUCUCGCCGAUGGAGUCAAUUGGGGUGAAGGAGCCCGUUUGGCUGCUAGGUCUGCGGUUCUUGGCUGCCUUGAAUAUCUUGACACUGCUGUCUUCGGACUGCAUGGUUCUGCAAAAUCUACUCAAGGAAUACUAGUGAGCUUACUUAGAAGCUUCUGGGAGGCGCACGACUGCAUUCUUGAAGUAGGAGGCGCAUUAAGUACACUUACAGUGGUUGUAAUAGUUCCACUAGGCGAAGAAAACUCUGCAAAAUCUGUUGUGUGCGCCUGCAAUGUUGGUGACUCUUUGGCGUACGUGUAUUCCAAGACAUACGGAGUUAGAGAAAUUACAGAAGGAUCUCACGAUACAACACUAAUGAGAGACAUGAGAGAUGCACUCGGUGCUCUGGGACCGGUGAAUGGAAACAAUCCCGAAUUAGAAAAUCUCACACUAUCUAUAACCAUUGUGGAGGAAGGAGAUAUUGUCUUCAUAACGUCAGAUGGUAUCAGUGACAAUUUUGAUCCUGUCGUAGGAAAAUUUGCUGAAGCUUUGAGUAGUGAAACUCUUAUUGAACCAAGAUUAGCAUCAAAAAGGCAAAAUAAGAGUGCUUCAGCUAUUCACACUACACGUCAUGAGCGCCUUACUGCUGUGCAUGAUAGCAAAAGCAAUAAUAUAAUUUCAUCCGCAAAACAUUGUGGUAGUGGUUACACGAAAGUAGAAAAUAAUUCUGUAACCGCAUCAACUUCUAGACAUCUGGAUCAAGCAAUACUACCACCACGUACAAAGGCAGCUGCCAAACAAAUUUCGGAGAAACCAAAUAUUCAGAAGAAUUCGUCAACUCGUCCUAAAUACAUGCGUUCUUACACGGUGAUUGAAUCACGAAGUCAGCGAAACAUCACGAAAACAUUGUCUCCUGAACCAGUAAUUAUGUUUCCUAAAGCUACAUCUGGACUUCCUCUGGUUACGGGAGUACAACGUUAUAAAUUAACGUUACUCCGAUUAGAGGAUCUUCUAAAUUAUGGUAUCAAUGGAACUUCAAAUUCUUGUACAUCAGCUAAAAAAUUGUGUUUGUUACUCGUGGAUUUUGCCACAAUGAUAACUGCUGCUAAGAGAAAACUUCUGGAGCAGCGUGAGAGCUAUGUAAAAAUUGUGCCGGAUGAGCAUGGCAUUAGGAGAGAAGAAGUAAUGAAUAAACGGCAACAAAGAACCGCGAGACGAAGGAUUGUCGAAAGUAGUAAUUUUCAAUCUCUUCCUGGUAAACUCGACCAUGCCACUGUGGUAGCAUUUAAAAUUUUAGACGCGCAGAAGCCUUGCAUAGACAUCACAGCAUGAGAAAUAAUCUAUCCAUA